AAAAAAAAAAACUUUUGAAAGAAUUCUUUUUUUUAUUUUUAUAUUUACAAAUUACCAAAUAAUAUCAAAAAAAUUUUUUGUUGUAUUUAAUUAAUAAUUAACAAUCAUGCAAAUCUUCGUUAAAACCCUUACCGGAAAGACAAUCACCCUUGAAGUUGAAUCUUCCGACACUAUUGACCAAGUUAAAGCAAAAAUUCAAGACAAAGAAGGAAUUCCCCCAGACCAGCAACGUCUUAUUUUCGCUGGCAAACAACUUGAAGACGGUCGUACCCUUUCAGAUUAUAACAUUCAAAAAGAGUCAACUCUUCAUCUAGUACUUCGACUUCGCGGAGGUAUGCAAAUCUUCGUAAAGACACUCACCGGCAAAACCAUCACCUUGGACGUAGAGUCCUCGGAUACCAUCGACCAAGUAAAAACCAAAAUUCAAGAUAAGGAGGGUAUCCCCCCAGACCAGCAACGUCUCAUUUUCGCUGGUAAACAACUUGAGGAUGGACGAACCCUUUCCGACUACAAUAUUCAAAAAGAAUCCACUCUUCAUCUCGUUCUCCGUCUUCGUGGCGGUAUGCAAAUUUUUGUUAAAACUCUAACUGGAAAAACCAUUACUUUGGAAGUUGAGUCUUCCGAUACCAUCGAUCAAGUAAAAGCAAAGAUUCAAGACAAAGAAGGUAUUCCCCCAGAUCAGCAACGUCUCAUUUUCGCCGGUAAACAACUUGAGGAUGGACGAACCCUUUCUGACUACAAUAUUCAAAAAGAGUCAACACUUCAUUUGGUGCUUCGUCUUCGUGGUGGUAUGCAAAUUUUUGUAAAAACACUUACUGGUAAGACGAUUACCCUUGAGGUCGAAUCAUCUGAUACCAUUGAUCAGGUUAAAACCAAAAUUCAAGAUAAAGAGGGUAUCCCUCCAGAUCAGCAACGUUUGAUUUUCGCUGGUAAGCAAUUGGAAGAUGGUCGUACUCUUUCGGAUUAUAACAUCCAAAAAGAAUCAACUCUUCACCUCGUCCUCCGUCUCCGUGGUGGUCAGUGAAGGUUUUAAAACCUUUAACCUUUUUUUUACAAUUUGUAAUAAUUUUAUCAAAAAAAAAAAUUUUGAAUGUUUAUAAAUUUUUGUAAAACAAAUAAAAUACGAUUCUUAAAAGUUCUUUAAAUUAUAAUCAAUUGUUCAGUUAUUAUCUGUGUUUUGUGUGUUAUUAUUACAAAUGUGAUCAUUAUUCUUAUAAAAAUAAAUAAAUCUUGUUCUGAUUUCAGCUGUUUCUGUUACAUUG